GUCCGAUGAUAACCAAUCGGACACAGACUAGACCUGAGGUCCUGUCGCCGUUCGCAAGUGGUGGUACAUGUGAUUUGUCGCGUUUCCACGUUAACAACCGAGGUGGCGAGAUAUAUCGUCUCCCGAAUACCGUUCGCCGAUCGCUCAGCAAUUAAUAAUAAUAAUAAUACCUAUUACCCUAUUAUUUACUGGUACGCACACACACUCUCGCUCGUCGAGAACACGUAAUUAAUUAUUAAUAAUAUAAUAUUAUUCUCCCGUUUUCGGUGUGCCCGAGCCCGUUAUACCGCAGUCCGCACCUAGUCCUACCUCCAACGAAUAUUUUGCUCCGCAGAACUCAGAAGCAAUCAUGGCCGAUCUGGAUAAUUUUUUUGCAAAGAAAGACCGCAAGAAAACCAAAGGACAAAAAUUUGCCACCUCCUCAGAUAAUAUGGCUACCGGACAAGAAGAGUUACAAAAAAAACAAGACAAACAGAAGAAGGAAAGAUCAGAAAGGUCGCUGACAAUUCAGAAUAAUUAUGCUACUGAAAACGACAACAAAACUUCUUCCAAGAAGCUGGAAGAAGAAUGGAAUGAAUACCAAGAAGAAAUAAAAGACUAUACAACACUUAAAAUGCAAAAUUUGACAGCUGACUGUCCUUCUAAUUGUACGGAUAACAAUGAAAAAGAUGAUGAAAUAGAAUUUGAAGAAAAUGAGGCAGGAGAAAUGGUGCCAAAACGAAAAAAUGCAGGGCCUUGGAAAGUAAACGAACCCGAACAACCUCCUCCACCACCAAAAGUUGCUGCUCCUCCAGUAGUUGCUGAAGUACAGAAAAAUGUAUAUGUUCCACCAGCUCAGCGGAACAAUUUUCAAGGUGGACACAGAAGCACACCUAAAAGUAAGACUAGUUUAGAUGUUAAAAAUGAAGAAAUGUUUCCAACUCUUCAAGGCAAUAGUAAUCCUAAAAAAACUGUAGCUCCUGCUGCUAGAAAAGUUGAAACUCCUGCUUGGGCCAAGUAUCAAUGAUUAAAAGUUAUAAUGAACAUGCACAUAAAUAUUAUCUUUUUAAAAAUUCUCAACAAAUAUUGCAUCAUUAAAUUAUUGUUUAGAAAAUGUUCAUAAAAUAUUUUCCAUGAUGAUUAUCAUAAUUCAUUAGGGAAUUAUGUUUUUUGUUUGUUUGUCUUAAAUAUUAAUCGAAAUUAAAACUGUGAUCAAAUUUCUAUAUAUAUCAUAAUAUUUUUAAGUGAUAUACUAUUUUGUUAAUUUCAUUUACUAUGAUUAUGAGUUGUAGAUUUGUACACAAAUUUAUAACAACCAAAAUUAUUUCUUUAACUCUGAAAACAUAUUUCCAUAUAGGGUAUUUAUGUCAUAUUUAUAAUUAUAAUAAAAUAAUUGUGCCGGCACAACUCAUUAGAAAUGUCUUAAUAUAUUAUACACAUGUUAUAUUAUGUAAUGCUAUGUUAAUUGUGUUGAAAUUAUCUAAUCCAAGUGCCUAAAUAUUUUGAGUUGUGUAUCAUUAAAAACUUAUAAAAAUAUAUCAUAGUUUAAGUAUUUAAUUUGUUGAUAUAAUGUAACAUACAACUAUCAAGAUUACUAAUCACAUUUAUGCCCUGACUAAUGUAUUUUUUAAAGAAAACAUUUUCAUUUUAAAAACCCAAGAAAUAAAGACAAACAUACUAAUAUAAUAUGCAUGUUAAAUAAGAUGUUCAUUGCCUUACUAUUUAUAAAAUGUAUUAUUUAAUAUACCUUAUUUUAUAUCUUAUUA